AUGAACAUCGUGACGUUUACCAUCUUUUUCGGGGCGACUUUUAGCGUUUUAUCCGCGUCCCUUAGCAAAGCAUUGAGAUAUCAGGCACCCGACGAGUGCAAAUGGCUAUCCGCGAAUUCCGACGGGGAAAACACGGCGGCCGUAGACGACGAAGACGUGGCAUUAGUUUGCCGUUUGGGAACGAUAAAUAGCGAAGUUGAAAAUACGAAUUUCAGCGUGAUUCAACCCCAGCACACGGUUCGCUUACGUUUGGAGUGUAACAACACGUUAUUUUUUCAAAGUUCCUUAAAUUCGGGUAGUUUUAGAUCUCUCGUCGAACUUAAAGAACUUUCGAUAGAAUAUUGCAAAAUAGGAAAUUUAACGGCGGGUGCUUUUAAGGGUCUCAAAGAAUUAAGAAAUUUAACUUUGAGAACUCACAACACGGAUUGGUCGGCAAUGACUCUCCACAUACAACCGGAUGCAUUCGAAGAGAAUUUAGACUUACUCCAAAGAUUAGAUUUAGGAGAAAAUAAUAUAUGGACGCUUGCGGACGGCGUUUUUUGUCCAUUGCACAAAUUAGAAUAUUUAAAUUUAACGAGAAAUCGUUUGAGAAACGUUACGGCUUUAAGAUUCGGCGGAAGCGGACAAGAGCAAAACACCAAUAAAUGCGGUAGCAAUUUAGUCAUAUUGGAUUUGUCGAAUAACAGCAUCGACGUCGUGCCACCGGAAGCAUUAUCUGGACUAUUAAAAUUAAAAAAACUUUACCUUAACGGAAAUGGUAUGUCUUUGCUCGCGGAUCGAGCUCUCGAAGGUUUAAUAUCAUUAACCGUAUUAAGUUUAAAUAAUAAUAAAUUAGUUAAUUUACCCCCGGAAUUAUUUUCCGAUAAAAAAGAUUUGAAAGAAUUGUACCUACAAAAUAAUUCCAUAAACGUAUUGGCUCCGGGUCUCUUCAACGACCUCACACAACUCAUAGUUUUGGAUUUGUCGAGAAAUGAAUUGACAUCGGAAUGGGUGAACUCUGCUACGUUCACCGGUAUGCUUCACCUCGUCGUUUUGGACGUGUCCUACAAUAGGAUAUCCAAAUUGGAACCCUCACUUUUUCGCGAUCUUUAUCGCCUUCAAAUACUCAAAUUGGAGGGAAACGUUAUCGAAAGCAUUCCGGAAAAUACAUUUUCCUCAUUGUACAAUUUACACACUUUAAUCCUUUCCAACAAUCGUUUAUCUGUGAUCGAAAGUUAUACCUUUAGCGGCCUUUACGUACUUAGCCUUCUUUCUUUAGACAAUAACGACAUAGAAUCAAUAGAUCCUCAAGCUUUGAAAAAUUCUUCCAGUUUGCAAGACCUUCAUUUAAACGGUAAUAAAUUAUUAGAAGUUCCUCUCGUCCUUUCCGACGUUCCCCUACUAAAAACUUUAGAUUUGGGUGAAAAUCACAUAACGAACAUUGCCAAUUCCACGUUCGGACAAAUGCAACACAUGUACGGAUUAAGAUUGACCGAAAAUAAUAUAGGUAACAUAAGCAAGGGAAUUUUCGACAAAAUGUCUUCCCUAAAAAUUCUCAAUUUGUCCAGGAAUAAAAUACAAAAAGUCGAACCUGGAGCGUUCGAUAAUAAUGUUAAACUUCAAGCUAUAAGACUCGAUGGAAAUUAUUUAUCCGAUAUCGGGGGCCUUUUUGCUAAGUUACCAAAUUUAAUAUGGUUAAACAUAUCGGAUAACAGGUUGGAAUGGUUCGAUUAUGCUUUGAUACCGACAGGAUUACAGUGGCUGGAUAUUCACGCGAAUCGUAUAACCGAAUUGGGAAAUUAUUUCGAAAUAGAAAGUCAUCUACGUUUGAGCACGUUCGAUGCGAGUGCGAAUAAAUUAACGGAAAUAACCGGAAGUGCAAUUCCCGACAGCGUCGAACUUCUUUUCUUAAACGAUAAUCUCAUAUCGAAAGUUCAAUCGUAUACAUUUUUCAAAAAGCCAAAUUUAACGAGAGUGGAUUUAUACGGUAAUAAAAUAACGAGUUUGAAUCCGAAUUCUUUGAGAAUAUCCGCCGUACCGGCGGAUAAACUUUUACCAGAAUUUUACAUCGGCGGAAAUCCGUACGAAUGCGAUUGCACUAUGGAAUGGUUGCAAAAAUCAAAUCAAGAAAAUCGCGCGAGAAAUCAACCGAAAUUAAUGGAUCUCGAAAGCAUUUAUUGUAAAUUGAUGUACAACAGAGGAAGAUCCUACAUUCCGCUUGUGGAAGUCGAAUCCAGCAGAUUUUUAUGCCAAUACGAAUUUCAUUGUUUCGCUUUGUGCCACUGUUGCGAUUUCGACGCGUGCGAUUGCAAAAUGACAUGUCCGAACAAUUGCACGUGCUAUCACGAUCAAUCGUGGUCGGCGAACGUUGUCGACUGCACUGCGAAAGGCUACGUGAACGCACUGCCGGAACGCAUUCCCAUGGAUGCGACGCAGUUGUAUUUGGACGGUAACGAUUUGCAAGCCAUCGGUAGCCAUGCUUUCAUCGGUCGUAAAAAAUUAAAAAUACUCUACAUGAAUUCUUCAAACAUCGAAAUAAUUCACAAUCGAACUUUUAACGGUUUAAAAGAAUUAGAACUCCUUCGUUUGGAUAAUAACAAUUUGCAAGAACUAAACGGUCAAGAAUUCGAAGGACUCGAAAACCUUCGUCAGUUAUAUUUGCAAAACAACAAAAUCGUUAGCAUAAACAACGACACGUUUCUCCCAUUACGCCAUCUUGAAAUUUUACGAUUAGACAAUAAUAAAAUAAAAUAUUUUGCCGUGUGGCAUUUGUCUCCGUCGCUGACAUCCGUGAGUCUUUCAAAUAAUCAUUGGUCGUGCGAAUGCGAAUACACGGAUCGUUUUAGAGAAUGGAUAGAAACGUCUAGGAAAACAAUAACGGAUUUAUCAUCGAUAAAGUGCAUGAAACCGACGAAUCGAACGGACGUUUUCGAAAUUGGUUUCUUCAUCGUGAACGAUAACUCGACGUCGUGCGAAAUCGAACCCAUUAUCGAAAACACGAUCAACAUGACGGAUCACAUACAAGAUUAUUUACCACUGUUGGUCGCGACCAUGACCGCGUUCCUAACGAUAAUCGUUGUGAUUCUAGUGAUAUUCUUAUACAGACAAGAAAUGAGAGUGUGGUUUUACAGCCGGUUCGGAGUUAGACUUUUUUAUAAAAGCACCGAAUUGGAUAGAGAUGAUAGAGAUAAACUAUUUGACGCGUUCGUGAGUUACAGUUCGAAAGACGAAGCGUGGGUCGCCGAAGAACUUGCUCCCAUGCUCGAACACGGUGAUCCGAGUUAUAAACUUUGUCUCCACUACAGAGAUUUUCCGGUGAACGCAUUCAUAGCGGAUACCAUAGUUCAAGCCGUCGAAAGUUCUAGACGCACUAUAAUGGUACUAUCGGAAAAUUUCAUCAAAUCCGAGUGGUGCAGAUUCGAAUUCAAAUCCGCUCACCAUCAAGUUUUAAGAGACAGGAGAAAAAGGCUGAUUGUCGUAUUGCUCGGAGAAGUCCCGCAAAAAGACUUGGAUCCGGACAUAAGACUUUAUUUAAAAACAAACACGUACCUACAAUGGGGUGAUAAAUUAUUUUGGGAAAAGUUAAGGUUCGCUCUUCCGGACGUGCCAAAUAAUCAAAGAACGAGGAGCAGCAUGAGAAAUUCAAAUCUCAACCAUCAUCACAUGAUGCAUCACAUACACAGGCAUAACAACCACAAUAAUAUUCCACCCGUAAACACGGCACGUUCCGUUGCCAUACACAUAUGA